GAAGUCUUGUCAAUUGAAGUUCUGUCAAUAAUUGUGCUCUAUAGUCUUUGUCUAUCUCAAUGUAUUGAAGUGUUUGUGUUAAUGAUUGUGAAACAAAGAAUAUUACAAUACGAAAUAGAUGAGGCUCAGUAGAGAUCACCUUUUUAACAUUACUCAUGAGUACGGAAGAGACUCUGUUGAAUCUCGAUUUCGACAAGCCCAACACAGCAAUUACGCCUCCCGAUGACGGCGUGCUAUCUCUGUCCAGUAGUGCCGAGGACAUUUGUUUAGUGCCAGAGGUCGGAUUCGAAGGAAACGUGGAUUCUCCUGGUGUGAAUCGGGAGUCGCAGCCGCUCCUCGGCGGCCGCGGCGACCUAGAUGUCUCUUUCAACCAUUUCCCAGAUGACCCACAGUUCACGGAGCUCGUGUGGCAGGCGGAGGUGGCCAUCGACAAUGGGAUAUUCCCGGAGCGGAUAUACCAGGGUUCCAGCGGUUCAUACUUUGUCAAGAAUCCAGGAGGGAAAAUCGUCGGCGUAUUCAAACCUAAGGACGAGGAGCCGUACGGGCGCCUGAACCCGAAGUGGACGAAGUGGAUGCACAAGCUGUGCUGCCCGUGCUGCUUCGGGCGCUCGUGCCUCAUCCCCAACCAGGGCUACCUGUCCGAGGCCGGCGCCAGCCUCGUCGACUCCAAGAUCGGCCUGCGGAUAGUCCCCAAGACCAGGGUGGUGAAGCUGGUGUCGGAGACCUUCAACUACCUGCGCAUCGACCGCGAGCGCUCCCGGCUCAAGCGCGCCAUCACCGAGCAGUUCCCCAACCUGCGCUUCAACCGCAUGGGCCUGCCGCCCAAGAUGGGCUCGUUCCAGGUGUUCGUGGAGGGAUACAAGGACGCGGACUACUGGCUGCGGCGCUUCGAGCAGGAGCCGCCCUCGGAGAGGAUCAUGGACAAGUUCCAGCUGCAGUUCGAGCGGCUCGUGGUGCUGGACUACAUCAUCCGCAACACGGACCGCGGGAACGACAACUGGCUCAUCAAGUACGACGCGCCCGCCAGCCGCGGCAUGACCGACCCCUCCGAGUGGUCGGGCGAGCCCGAGGUGCGCAUCGCGGCGAUCGACAACGGGCUGGCCUUCCCCUUCAAGCACCCCGACUCCUGGCGCGCCUACCCCUACCACUGGGCCUGGCUGCCGCAGGCGAAGCGGCCGUUCAGCCAGGAGACCAAGCAGCUGGUGCUGCCGCUGCUGUCCGACAUGAGCUUCGUGCAGGAGCUGUGCGACGAGCUGCACGUGCUGUUCAAGCAGGACAAGGGCUUCGACCGCGGCCUGUUCGAGCGCCAGAUGUCCGUCAUGCGCGGGCAGCUGCUCAACCUCACGCAGGCGCUCAAGGACGGCAAGAGCCCCGUGCAGCUCGUGCAGAUGCCGGCCGUCGUCGUGGAGAGGUCGAAGGGCGGCAGCACCUCGUCGCGGUUCUUCGACUCGUUCCAGCAGCGCUUCCAGCACAAGUCGCCCUUCUUCUCCUGGUGGUGACGAAACCAACGGGGAGCGAGUCCGGCGAUGCUGUUAUAUAUAGAUAACCAUUUGUAUGUAUGUACGGUAGCAUAGCGCGUUAACUAAUUAAACAUUAUAACGUAUUGUUGAAGUUGAAACGACUCUCACACAAUUUUUAGUUCUCUAUUACAACGACAUAAGAUUCAAAAUCGAUUCGAAAUUAACGGUUUUAAGGAAAACAAGCAUUCCAGUUACUCUUGUAAAUGUAAAAAUAAUCCUAAGGUAUAAAGUGUUCGGAUUGA